UAAUUCCUAAUUCCUCCGUCAAUACUGACAAUCAAAAACCAGAAAAGAACCCUAGAAUCAGAUCAGAAACUGCCGGCCGCUCUUCUUCUUCCUGAGAUUUCUCCUUCUCUACUUUUCUACUAAUUCGUAAAAUUUGGGAUUUGUUCUCCACUAAGUUUUGGGUUUUGCAGAGAUAUCUAUUUUUUCUUCUCAAUUCCUUCCUACUCCACCUCGCCGAUCGCCGCCAGAACUGAACAUCUUUGGGGUGAGUGAUUUCUUGCUUUGAUAUGAAGUCACAGGAUAUAAACAGGUGUCAAAUUCAGGAAUGGUUCCCUAAAUUCAAAUCCAUAUCGAUUAAAACUUCAAUUCACGAGCUUCCUGAGGCCUUUGUCCAAUACCUUAUCGACGAUUCUGGUCCGUUUCUGCUCCCUCUUUCAAUCACAAACGACGAUGCCUUGCCCAAUAGAGUCCACAAACCCGAGGAAGAGGAAGAUUUUGUUGUGUCGGAGGGAUCCGGAGACGAAGCAGAGGAAUCCACGCCUCCCCCUUCGUUCCCUGAGCUAGAAACAGAGGUUAAAACAUCCAUUGAAUCUCUUGGGGGCGCUGUCUUUCCUAAGCUUAACUGGAGUUCUCCUAAGGACGCUGCGUGGAUGAGCUCGACCGGGAGUCUCAGAUGCACCAAUUUCUCCGAGAUUGCACUCUUGCUGCGAUCUUCAGACUCGGUCGUCCAUGACCUCUUCCAUGCGUAUGAUUCCUGCACGGACAAGGCUGCAUCAAGGCCGUCGAGAUUCUACCUUGCACUGCGGAAAUGGUACCCCUCGCUGCACCCUGAGAUGGAGUUUCGUUGCUUUGUGCACGAUAAAGCCCUGGUGGGUAUUUGUCAGAGGGAGGUGACUAACUUCUACCCUGUUCUUGUUGAGAAAAAGAGGGAAUUGAAAGAGGCGAUUGAACAGCUUUUCGUGGAGAAGAUAAAGGGGGAGUUUGAAUCUGAGAGCUAUACGUUUGAUGUGUAUGUGACAAAAGAUGGGAGGGUUAAGGUUUUGGAUUUUAACCCAUGGGGUGCGUCUACGCUUCCCUUGCUUUACACUUGGGAGGAGCUGGAAGAGUUGUCGGGCGAGGAAGUGGAGCUGAGGAUUGUGGAGAGCCGCUGUGGCAUUCGUCCGGGUUUGAAAACUGCAGUGCCUUAUGAUUAUUUGGAUACCAGUGAAGGGAGCGGGUGGGAUCAAUUCCUGAGGAAUGCUGAUGUGGAGCUGCGGAAGCAGACGCAAUCAUCGUUGUCUAAAGCAGGAGGGUGAAGCAUUGUAGUAGAAUGUAUGAGGCAGCUGGAAGAAGUAAGCAGACAAAAUGCCUAUUUUUGCCUUGUUCUAGCAUGUAUUUUAUGGAUACUAUCAAAUUAGACUUGUUUUUUUUUCAAGUUUCAACUAAUGGAAUGCUAUCGAAUUGGAGAA